UGCCUAACCUGUUACAUGGAAAGUUGGAUACAUUUAGGUUCGAAGAUUUCGAUCUUACCUUAUUUUAAUCGAUUUUGUAAUUCCAAAAAUAAAUCUGUGUUAAAUUGUUUUGAAAAAGAUUUAAUUUGAUGUGGCAUUAUAGAAGACGAACUGUUAAACAGUUGUAAUAGAAGAUUCCAAAACAAAACAAUGUGUGAUCGUUGUCAAUUUCUUAAUUUUUGUUAAGUUAAGUUUUCCCUAACUGAGCUUUUAGUGCAAAGCAAAUUCGCCUAUAUUUCUUCAAAAUAAAUAAUUGGGAUAAUAAUCAUUGUCUUAAAAAUAUUGGAUUAACAGAUAAAAAAUAAUGUUAAUAAAUUUAAAGAAAGAUCAACGAGAGCAUUUACAAUUGUUGCGCCAGCGAUCUCCUCAGGAUGUUGUUGAGUUAUGCAAAUCAGCAUUUGAGUACUUGAAUCAUGGCCCGAACUUACAACGCUAUCAACAGCUUGCCAGAAAAUAUGCUACAAAUCCUGAAAUGGUGCAGCAUGCAGUUGAGGCGCUUAUAGCCUUCCUCAUUGAUGCCACUAAGGCCAAUGCCAAUGAGAUGGAUCUGCAACGUUUGCAACAGGAAGAAGGCUAUAAUGAUGGUAUUACGGAAGUGCUAACACAAUUUGUGUAUAGUAAACGCAAUUUUAUUGAAGGCUCAAUUAAGUCUGCGAAUAUAAGAGCGUACCGACUAGUGAACAUCGAAUGGCGUUUGGAGGUGCGUAUAGCAACACGAUGCUUACUACGACAAAACAGUAUACGGGUAACAAUGAAAUUGUAUCUACAUACUGAGCCGAAAAAUGAAAAUAGAGAUCUCCUCGAAGUUGAAAAUCAGCAGACAAUUCAUCCCGAUGAACGGCGCAAUCGAAAGGAUUUACUUGUGCAGACAGAUUUGAAUAGCCUGGUGCACAUGAUACAAGUGUUAGAAAACGCUCUUUAUGAAUCGAAGAGCAGACGCAUACGCAACAUUGUUAGCGCAAUACAUUAAAUAUUCAU